AUGGAGCAAGCGGCACCUGACAGUGCCGAGCAUCGCUUGACGGUAACGCAGAUCCGGAGGAAACGACUCAUCCGUGUCUGUGUCCAUCUCGGCAUCGGCGGACUCUUUACAGGUUGGUGGAUCGCCGGCCUCAUCCUCCACCGAAACGACAAGAACUGGAUUGUGCCAUUUCUUGUCUGGCUGGCCGUCAUCAGCAGACUGCUCCUCUGGCAUAUCCCCAGCGUGCGCCUUGUGCGGCCUCUGGCGAGGUUAUGGGAGAGGGCCAUUACCCGGCCCGCCAAUGUUGUGCCUCCAAAAUGGACCCUGAUCGGCAGUUGGAUUCUCCUGAUUGGGCUGAUCGCAACCGUGGCGAUGGUUGCUCCCGACUUCCAAGACAACACGACCGUCAACCGAGGCGUCAGCCUGGCCGGCCUUGCCGUCAUGCUUGCCCUGCUGUGGCUGACGUCCAGAAACCGGAGGAAGAUCAGCUGGUACACCGUGUUGUGUGGCCUGUACCUCCAGUACAUCGUUGCCCUCUUCGUCCUCCGAACAAGCGUCGGAUACAACAUUUUUACAUUUCUGUCGGAUCGUGCAUCGGACCUGCUGGGCUUUGCAGAUGAAGGGCUCGCCUUUCUGACAGACAGCUCUGUCCCUGAGCUGUCUUGGUUCGUGAUCAGCGUUGUGCCGCCUAUUAUUUUCUUUGCGGGCAUAGCCCAACUCCUGACUUAUUGGGGCGCACUGCAGUGGCUCGUCACGAAAGCCGCAACAUUCUUUUACUGGGCUUUAAAGGUAUCGGGCGCCGAGGCAGUAGUGGCAGCGUCAUCGCCAUUCUUCGGACAGGGAGAGAGUGUGAUGCUCAUCCGACCCUUUCUGAAUGAUCUUACCCAUGCAGAGCUACAUCAGGUCAUGUGCUCUGGAUUUGCGACCAUCGCCGGCAGUGUGCUGGUUGCGUACAUCAGUCUCGGCGUCAACGGGACUGCAUUGAUUUCUUCCUGCGUCAUGUCCAUUCCUGCGUCCAUCGUCGUCAGCAAGCUCAGGUAUCCGGAGACGGAAGAGACGCUGACCGCCGAGAAGUUGACGCUGACGCCCGAGGACAACAAGGCCGAAGCCAGCAACUGGAUGCACGCCUUCACCAACGGCUGCUGGCUCGGCUUCAAGCUUGCAGGCAUUGUGGUGGCCGUCCUUGGCUCGGUCAUCGCCCUUGUGGACUUGUGCGACGCCCUGCUCACCUGGUUUGGCAGCUACCUCAACAUCGAGGAACUGACGCUGGAGAUCAUAUUCGGCUAUGCGCUGGUCCCUGUCGCUUUUCUCCUUGGUGUCCCCAGGGACCAUGACAUAGUCCUUGUCUCGCGCCUGAUUGCUGUCAAGAUCCUAAGGAAUGAAUUCAUCGCCUAUGAGGAACUCCAGACGAGCCCCGCCUAUAUACCACUGAGCCCCAGAUCACGCCUGAUCGCGACCUACAGCCUGUGCGGGUUCGGGAAUCUCGGGUCGUUAGGCACCCAGGUCGGGCUGAUGACACAGAUGGCACCCCGCAGGAACAAGGAUAUCGCCAGCGUGGCUUUCAGCGCCUUCAUCACCGGCGUCAUCUCUACACUUACGAGCGCGGGCAUGGCUGGGAUGCUGCUUGGGGAGCAGUCGGCUAUGUCGUUGCUGCAGCCGACGACUAGUUCACCGGCGGCUACGGCGACAUCUCCAUCUGCAUAG